AGCCGUAGAUUGCGACAUAGGGGGAGGACCAUAGGCCGAUAUAACGCAAUAUUUCACCUUCUUUGCUGUAUUUUUACUUCUGUCGUUGACAUAUCGAAAGCAUGGCCGACGACGAACGUGAUGCUGAAAAUGUGGCAUUGGACAUGUUUGAUGCGGAAAGCCCACAGAUAGAUCAAAAUCAGAAUGACACUUCCGGGGACACUUCUCUCACGGACAGGAUUGUCAAAACUUUCAAAGAUGAAAUCACAGCAAGCACCAAGAUCAACGCAUCGCAACUCUUCAUGACGAUCACAUCCGGGAUGUUUGUUGUCAUGACGACCCCCGAAGAUGGCGCCGUGUACUAUUUGUCCGUCAUUCUCAGUUUUCUUGUUUUUGCCCACGUUGUUGUGCUGCUCAUCUUGAUUUUGGUCCGAAAAUGGCGUUUCAAGCCCAGAGAAGGAGAGUGCUCAGUCGAAACACUGAAGAAGGCACGCAAGCUCCAGAAGGUAUAUCACUGGCUCAGCAUCUCGCUGGCAGUAUUUCAGUUCCUGUUCAUGGUCGUGACGGGGGUUAGUGUGACUCGUGUGCCACAGGAAGGGGAUGGUCACAAUGUAACAACAACGGUCGCCAUGGCAACGACCAGCACGGUCAGCGAGUACGCCGUGAAUAACACCUCAAUCUAGUGAAGCCUCAUUGCAACUUUUCUUACAUUUUGUCAUUUUCUUACACUUUUUUACAUCAUGACUUCUUCAUAAUGUUUGCGAAUGCCGCUCUGUGCUAUCAAAAGGGGUUCUGAAAAUUAUUAUAUUUGUUUACUAGUAUUGAAAUACAUUAUUAUUAAUCGACCAUAUUCAUACCAUGAAGGUAAUACAUCCAUGUUCGGACCGUUUGUUUUCAGGCAUUUUUUUUUUUUUUGGGGGGUCAGACAACCAUUCAGUGGCGAAUCACAAGUUCUUUUUUUUUAAAGUAAACAAAAUUGCACCACAAACACAAGAGGGCGCAGAGGCCCAGACGCCGUCCCACUGCUGUGGCCGAGUGUCCAUAGGCGCCUGACUACACAUGAAAUUCCAAGGGUCAGUUUCAUAAAGCCUUAAUAUCACUAUCGUAUCUGUACCAUUAUUAUAACUUCCAUUGAAACCUUGAUUGUGAUUGACUGCUGAACCCUGUUAUGGUGCUAAUAAUAAUGGCAAAGUUACAAUUAUAGUAGUAACUUUAAGAAACGUGUCCCUGGGUUCAAUACGCGGCGCGGUCAAUGUGCAUGAUGUACAUCGCUCUUUUUGUUCUUGAAUCAACUGUAUAUAUGAAAACAAUCUGGGCAGUAGUGGUAUAAAUCAUUAAUGCGUGCAUGGGUUAACUUUUAUUUAUUUAUUUAUUUUUAGACGGAUUUUUUUUUUUGCUUGU